AUGGCAGCAAGGGCUAGAACUAUUGAACAACUCACCGCUUUCUUAACCGAGCAAGCGGAAAGAGCUGGGAAUGGAGGUGGACACCAACCAGCGGAAGAGGAUGUCUACCACGAAUUGGACAAGUUUCUGAAGCGAGAUCCACCAAAGUUUGAAGGGGGUUACAACCCCGACAGAGCAUAUGAGUGGAUCCGGGAGUUAGAAAGGAUUUAUGAGACGUUUGUAUGUGCUGACCCACGUAAGGUUGCUUUUGCUAGUUAUUUACUUUCAGGAAAAGCUAGGACAUGGUGGACUGGAGUAAGAGGAAGGAUUACUCCAGCAAAUGGAGCCAUAACCUGGGAGAUUUUCAAUAAUGCAUUUAUGGAAAAGUACUUCCCAGCGGAUGCGAAGGGAAGGAAAGAGAUGGAAUUCUUGGAACUAAAGCAAGGUAUGAUGGCAGUUGGGGAAUAUGCAGCUAAGUUUGAGGAACUGUGUAGGACAAGCGGAUUCAAUCCGAACAACCCAUUCUGCGUGAGGUGCCGAAGGAAUGGACACCGCACUCAAGAGUGUAGAGUAGUGUUAGGAGAGCAGGCUAGUACUCAGGCUAGCGGAAAUGGGAAUCCAAACCCUACCGCUACAACAGGCGAGGGAAGUAGCAGAGGUGCACCUGCACCAAAGGAUAACCGGAAGUUUGGACGACCCACGAAUAAGGGGAAAGUGUUUGCAAUGACGCUGGAGGAAGUAGUUGAAGCACCGGAACUUAUCCAAGGACUUGAGGUGAUAUUAGGGAUGGAUUGGCUAGCGGCCAAUGAUGCUACCCUAAAUUGUAGGAAAAAGACGGUUACUUUUGGAACUAGUGAGGGAGACGCUAAGCGCGUAAAACGAACCGAUAGGGUAGGAAAAGCGUCCGAGCGCGAAUCGAACGUACUUUUAGGAACGCUAGAGACACAGAGGGACGACAUAGGUAUAGAAGGGAUACGCGUAGCAAGGGAGUUUCCCGACGUUUUCCCUGAGGAAGUGUCUGAGUUACCACCGGAGAGAGAAGUUGAGUUCUCUAUAGACUUAGUUCCUGGAACAGGACCUAUCUCUAUAGCUCCAUAUAGAAUGUCACCAGUGGAACUGGCGGAACUAAAGAAGCAAGUGGAGGAACUUAUGGACAAGAAGUUCGUGCGGCCAAGUGUAUCCCCUUGGUGA